CAGGUACUAUCUUGUUCUCAUCUGUUGCACCAAAGAAGCAACAAAAUCAACUACCGACCAGAGAAGAUGCUACGGAAAUUGGUCGUAUCAGCUGUUGUUCUUUUGCUAAUUUCUGCAACUGCCACACUUGCUGAGGAGUUGUACAUUAGGCCUCCACCUCGAAAAGCCCUGCACUUCCCAUGGAGUUCAAGGUCCUCCUCUGAACCCCGGCAGGUUCACAUCUCUUUGGCUGGAGACAAGCACAUAAGAGUAACGUGGAUAACCAAUGAUGAAUCUGCUCCAUCAACUGUUGAAUAUGGUGCUUCGCCUGGGAGAUAUAGUUUUGUAGCUGGAGGAGAAAGCACUUCCUACAGUUAUUUUUUUUAUGAAUCAGGAAAGAUACACCACACUGUCAUUGGGCCUCUGAAGCCAAACACAGUUUACUUUUAUCGUUGUGGAGGGAAAGGUCCUGAAUUCCAGCUCAAAACCCCUCCAGCUCAGUUCCCAGUCACUUUUGCCGUGGCAGGGGAUUUGGGUCAAACUGGUUGGACCAAAUCAACCCUGGACCACAUAAACCAAUGUAAAUAUGAUAUGCAUUUACUUCCUGGGGACCUUUCGUAUGCCGAUUACAUGCAGCACAAAUGGGACACAUUUGGUGAGCUGGUGCAGCCUCUUGCAAGUGCAAGGCCAUGGAUGGUAACAGAAGGAAACCAUGAAGAGGAGAGCAUACCAUUAUUAAAGGAUGGAUUUGCACCGUAUAAUGCUAGAUGGAAGAUGCCAUUUGAGGAGAGUGGAUCAAAUUCAAAUCUUUAUUAUUCUUUUGAGGUUGCAGGGGCUCAUAUUAUCAUGCUUGGUUCAUAUGCGGACUAUGAUGAGUACUCAGAACAAUAUAGCUGGCUCAAGGCUGAUCUUGCAAAGGUGGACCGAAACAAGACUCCUUGGUUAUUAGUUCUAUUUCAUGUUCCAUGGUACAACAGUAACAAGGCUCAUCAAGGUGAAGGGGACAGAAUGAUGGCAGCCAUAGAGCCAUUGCUUCAUGCUUCUAGUGUUGAUAUAGUACUUGCUGGCCAUGUUCAUGCUUAUGAACGCUCGAAACGUGUCAAUAAUGGAAGACCUGAUCCUUGUGGUGCUGUCCACGUAACCAUAGGUGAUGGAGGAAACAGAGAAGGUCUAGCACACAAUUAUGUUAACCCACAACCAGCGUGGUCAGCAUUCCGCGAAGCAAGUUUCGGUCACGGUGAGCUUAGGAUAGAGAAUGCAAGCCAUGCAUUCUGGAGCUGGCACAGGAAUGAUGAUGAUGAACCCGUAAGAUCUGACGACAUUUGGAUAACCUCUUUGGUCAGUUCAGGAUGUGUUGCCGAAAAGAGUCCUGAAUUGCGGAAGAUGCUCAUGGGACCUUAGACCAUUAACAUCGUUGGAACGCGCUUUACUGAAUUCGGAUAAUGGUCUAUGUGAGAUGAUGAAAUGUAAAUAGGAUAGAGUAACUUUCUGUUUUUGUCAAUGCCAGAGGAAAGAAUCUAGCCAUUCAAUGAUUGAUGUUAAAGGCUAGAUGUACCAUACAUGUGGUUGUCACUACUGGAUUUUUUUGUAUUAUGAAUGCAACUUAGUGUGUUUUUGUA